CUGAUAUUGAUACCCAUUUAGCAUCAUCACAAUCCACAUCAGGCAGUCACGAUGCGGAUUGAGGACUGCAGCUUUUGUGGCCGUCCGGCCUAUCCCUCCAAGGGUAUUACCUUUGUCAGAAACGAUGGCAAAUCGUUCAGGUUCUGCAGAUCAAAAUGCAACCGCAACUACAAGAUGAAGCGUAACCCCCGCAAGCUCAAGUGGACAAAGGCCUACCGCCGAAACGCCGGCAAGGAGAUGACGGUCGACAGCACGCUGCAGUUCGCCAUGCGCCGCAACGAGCCCGUCCGCUACGACCGCGACCUGGUGAACAAGACCAUGGCGGCCAUGAAGCGCAUCAGCGAGAUCCGCGCCCGCCGCGAGCGCGUCUUCUACAAGAAGCGCAUGGCCGGCAAGCGGGAGAAGGAGCUGGCUGUCGCGCGCAAGCUGGUCGCCGAGAACGAGCACCUGCUGCCCCGCCUGCGCGGAAGCGAGAAGAAGAGGCUGGCGGAGCUGGCCGCUCAGGGCGAGGACGUGGCCCUCGAGGAGGAGCUGCUGGCGACGCGGAAGAACAAGAUCAAGGCCUUUGGAGGCGAGACGAGAAGGCUCAAGGUCCGGGUGGAUGGCGGCGUGGACGAGAUUGUGGAAUCUUUCCAGGGAGAGGGUGGCGAGGACGAGGAGGACGAGGAGGACGACGACGAGGAUGUCGACAUGGAGGACUAAGCGGGAACUCGGUUCCCCUGCUCAUCACUUUUGUUACGACGAGAUUGGCCGCCGCCAUCGGAGUGGCCUUGAGAUACAGAGUUGGUGUCUGGUGAUUGGUUACGACUCAUGGGUUCCAUUAUCGGGCUCGUCAGCGUUGCGUUGCGUUAAUCGUUACGGCGUUUUUAAAGGAUACACAGAUGCAAAGUAUUAGGUAGUAAUGGAAAACACAAAAAGUCCUUGGGU